CCUGAAUCUUAACAGCAAAAAUGCAGAUGUUAAUGCCUGAACCUCAGAUUUAUGUUGAAAGAACCCUGGCAAUCAUUAAACCAGAUAUCGUCAACAAAGAAGAUGAAAUAGAAGAUAUAAUUCUCAGAUCAGGAUUUACCAUCGUUCAGAAACGAAAACUCCAACUAAGCCCAGAGCAGUGUAGCAACUUCUAUGUAGAACAGUAUGGGAAAAUGUUCUUUCCUAACUUGACAGCUUAUAUGAGUUCUGGGCCUCUAAUUGCGAUGGUUCUUGCUCGGCAUCAAGCUAUCUCACACUGGAAGGACCUGCUUGGGCCCUCAAGUAGCAUAAUAGCUAAGGAAACUUAUCCUGACAGUUUAAGAGCAAUCUAUGGGACAGAUGAUCUAAGGAAUGGACUUCAUGGCAGUGUCAGCUUUGCCUCAGCAGAAAGGGAAAUCCGGUUCAUGUUUCCCGAAGUGAUCAUUGAACCAAUCCCAGUGGGGCAAGCUGCUAAGGAUUACUUGAACCUUUAUGUUACUCCUACUCUGCUGAAAGGACUUACAGCACUGUGUAAAAAGAAGCCAGCAGAUCCUUUUACUUGGCUGGCUGAUUGGCUAAUUGAACAUAAUCCCAACACACCUAGGCUGCGGCAUAAUGUGAUUGUGGAGGAGCCUUAAGGAGGAAAAUGUUAACACUCAUGAAAAAAAUGGCAGCGAAAGAUCUGUUUCCGCUAACCACAGGCUCCCGAAUUUCUUACUAAUAUAAGCAUGAA